UUAUGGGUGAACGUGUAAGACACUCAUCAAUCAAAAACACACUUUCAAACCCCAUUAUUUAUUUGAAACGGACUUUUUAUCCACUUUCUUGCUUAUGGGCAAACGUGGAAAACUAGUUCAUGGAAUGUGGGUAGAGGCAGCUAUAGUCAAGACUCAAGAGGUGUGAACAAAAACCAAACCAAACACAACACACUUUCAUUUCACCCAUAGAAGCCAUGGAGAAACUUCUAUCUUCUUCCUCUUCUCUUAACACUAACCUCAAACUCAAACCCAAACCCUUUUCUUUUCUCUCUUCAACUACUCCUUUUCGUUCCAAAACAUUCACUUUUCUUCCUUCAAUUCGUUCUUCCUUCAGCCAUGAAAACCCUUCUCCUUUUUUGUCUUCAGCUUCGCUUUUCGCUAUGCAACCUAAAAACUCACUUUCUCGUCUCACCGAUUCUAAGAGCCCCGUAAUUGAAUCUCAACCGCUCAAUCACAUCAAUGCCGACGCUGAUUUCAGAAAACCAAAGGGAAUAACAGUUCAGACAUGUGUAAUACUCUCUGCUCUUGCUGUGCUCUUAAUUCAACCAGUUUUUGCACCAGCAGCUUUUGCAACCUUUCAAAGUACCGCCAAGAUCGGUGGUUCUGCAAUUGGUGGAAAACUUAUCCGUGCCGAGCUCCUAAGUAGUGCUUGGACAGGUUUCUUUGCUGGUUGCUUGCACACAUUAUCAGGCCCUGACCAUCUUGCAGCUUUGGCUCCAUUAUCAAUUGGUCGCACUCGAACGGAGAGUGCUCUUGUUGGAGCCCUUUGGGGUUGUGGCCAUGAUGCUGGUCAGUUAAUCUUUGGCUUAAUAUUUUUGCUCCUUAAAGAUCAACUUCACAUUGAAAUUAUCCAAACAUGGGGCACCAGAGUGGUGGGCAUUACCUUGCUAGUAAUCGGUGCCAUGGGAAUCAAGGAAGCUUCAGAAGUUUCUACUCCAGCUGUUGCUGUAGGAAACAGUGAAUUCGACGUCAGCGCGUAUAAAUCACUUGAUAAUCCUGUGGUAGGAAAUAAAAAGAAGAUUGGCUUUGCUACUUUUGCCACUGGAAUAGUUCAUGGACUGCAACCAGAUGCAUUGAUGAUGGUGUUGCCUGCUCUUGCUUUGCCUUCUCGCGUAUCCGGUGCUGCAUUUCUAAUCAUGUUCUUAUUCGGAACUGUAGUUGCAAUGGGGAGCUACACGGUGUUUAUAGGAUCGUGUAGCCAAGCACUAAAGGAUAGAGUGCCUAGAAUAACUGAGAAACUCACUUGGGCUUCAUCGCUUAUCGCGAUAGCCCUUGGGUUAGCCAUCAUCAUUAGUCAGUUUUUUGGAUUUAGUUUGUACUGAUACACGUUUCUCGACCGUGAACCUUUAUGAUCAUGAUUUUAGUGUUAGAGAGAAAUUUUAUUGUUUGUAGAAAGUUCAUCAUUGAUGCAACAUGUGAUAUUGGUUUGUCUAUGAACUCUGGUAGUUGGAUUAUUCUUCAGCUUAGAACUAUGUAGCUGUCAUGUUUUUAGAUUUCAGUGAUUUUGCAAGAUUCUCUU